CCCUGGAGCUGGCCCCGCUGGGGUCAGUUUCACCACAGACGUGUAAGUGACGGUACGCUCUUCCCUCCGCUCUUCCACUCUUCUAUCAAUUUGAAAUGGUCGGUUGGGGAUACACCAAGGCAAACGGUCCCUCCACUUGGGCUAACUUGUUCCCCAUCGCCGGGGGCAGUCGGCAGUCCCCUAUUGACAUUAAGUGCGAGGCUUGCCAAGUUGAUUCGAACCUCUCCAAGGUCCAGGCUGUCUACAGCGGUAUUAAGGUGUCCGAAGUUUCCAACACAGGCUUCUCCUGGAAAGCUCAGGUCUCAGGAGGCAGCUCCAGUUUGAAGGGUGGGCCGCUAGGCAGUGACGAGUAUGUGCUGGAGCAGUUCCACUGCCACUGGGGCAAGACUAAUGACACUGGGUCAGAGCACACUGUUAACGGCAAGAUCUAUCCUGCCGAGCUACACUUGGUCCAUUGGAACAAGAGCAAGUUCUCCAGCUUUGCCGAGGCAGCCUCCGCUGAUGGUGGCCUGGCUGUCUUAGGAAUGUUUUUGGACAUUGGCAGUGACCAUAAGGAGAUGGACAAGGUGUGCAAGCUUCUCCCCUUUGUCCAACACAAGGGCCAGGCCAUCACUGUCACAGAACCAAUCAGCCCAGCGGAAUUCAUUCCCAAAAAUGGAUCGUACUGGACAUAUGGCGGUUCUCUUACCACUCCGCCAUGUUAUGAGUCUGUCACCUGGAUUGUUUAUGAGCAGCCCAUUAAAAUUUCUCAGGAACAGAUGGAUGCAUUCAGAUCCAUGAAGUCGUAUCAUCCUUGUGAGAGUUGUCCCGAGGAUGAAUUAGCUGGUGCUCUUGUCGAGAACUACAGACCCCCUUGUCCUAUUUGUGAUAGAGUCGUCAAGGCUUACAAGGAUUCAGCGCAGGAGGAAUAAGGAGCAAAAGUGAACAUUUUGUUAUGUGUAAGAACAUGGUAGAAUCUAAUAAGGUAUGCACGUGAAGAUCCAGAUAAUGCGUGCAAGAAGUAAAGUGAAUUGUUUUUCUUCUGGGCAUUGCCUGUUGUAAAGGAUACAAGAUACAUUUAAAACUGUGCACAUCUCAUUAUGAAAACUAUUUCGAAUGACUUCAUUUUGCUAUGUACAGAAAUUCUACACCCUUUACAAGAAUGUUAACUUUCUUUGGAAUUAAAGAACAGGGAAAUUGUUCCAAUAACGCUGACAUGUGUAACAUGUAAGAAUAGUAUUGUACCAAUGGAACUUUUAGCACUGUACUUUGCAAUGUGCAUCUUAUCUGUAGUUAUUGCAUGUUUAUACAAUAUUUCAAAUAUGUUUAAAAAAAAAUUCAGGCUCCUAUGAGAGCACAUAGUGUUCCAUUAAUUACUGUAGCUCCUUAGUCAUCUGCAUGCUAAUAACAUAUAGUUAAAAUUUGCACUAAUAGUCAGAUAAUAAAGUAAAAGGAAUAAGAAUUGUAAGCUGAAAGAAACUACAUACUGUAUAUUAGUCUGCUCAGUCGUCGAUAAGUGGCAUACUCUACAGCCCGUGAUAGGUCUCCAGCCUGUAAGAGUCUCCAGCCUGUAAGAGUCUCCAGCCUGUAAGAGUCUCCAGCCUGUAAGAGUCUCCAGCCUGUAAGAGUCUCCAGCCUGUAAGAGUCUCCAGCCUGUAAGAGUCUCCAGCCUGUAAGAGUCUCCAGCCUGUAAGAGUCUCCAGCCUGUAAGAGGAACCUGUUGUUACUAUAGUUGUCUUCCCGGAUUUAAUUGUUGGAUGCCAAAUACUGUUAAUAAUGUAUUGUGUGUUAUAAUGAUGAUACCCAAUAAAAGAUUAUAUAUACAUUUUUUAUAAUUAGAGCUGCUUAUCAAAGUUUAAUAAACAUGUUAAAUAUAGACAUGAUAUAUUAUACAAUGUUGAAACUGUACCUGAAAUGCAAAUAUAUUUGUUUCUGUUAAUUUCAUGCAAUAGCACAGUAAUAUUUUCAAUAAAUAUUGCUAUCCGUUGUUGUAGGAUGCUAUCAUUUCAGUAAUGGAGCAAAAUUUAUGAUGAUUUGUGAGGGUACUCUUGUAUGCCUAAAAAGUUCAAUGGUCGCUGUCCUCAGGAAAAUGUUGUUAAAGAGAAUUGUGUACUACAGUCAACAUAUUCUGCUCUGCUUAUUUUACCGUCAUGACUGACACAUUAUGUCAGAACAUUUCUUUGGGGAGUUUGUGUAGUAAAUUCAUUCACUUUUAUAGUUCUGUGUUUUUUGGGAGAUUUGAUCAACUUCAGCUAAUCGUUUGUAAUGAGCACUAACUUAUAUUUGGUUUGUGAUUGGGGAUUAUACACUUGCAUUUUGAAAAACACAUGCCAAUUAUGAAAUUUUUAUCUUGUUGCUUGAAAGUUGUUCUUGUUAAAAUAGUAUAAACAUUUAAACUUAAGAUAUAUUUUCAUAGUGAGUUGUUUUAUUGAAGAAACUUUGAUGAUAACUGAAAUCAGGUCAGUGCAAUAUGAUAGAUCUUCCACUUGUAUAUUUGUGAUAAUAUAUCUGACUUGAGGGAAAAAUCUGAUCUGUUUCAUUAUGUUAGAGUUCAGAUAAAUAAUCUGAACGCUUAAUUGUAAAAAAAAAUAUCAUUAAUACAGUUAGAAAUAACUCUUACCAAAUGUACAUCAUACAUAUAUCUAUACAUAUAUAUAUAUAUUAAUAAAUAGAACAUGAA